CGCUGACAGAGCGCCGCGCGCGCAUGCGCAGACGCCGGGACUUGUUGCCGGCGCUCGCAACUCCGGGGCCGGGCCGGGCACCGGGACCGCCCGUGAGCAUCUCGUCAGAGACAUGUGCGUUCCUGUUAGAGGCAAAACAUCCCGAAAGUAGCGGCCCUGGACCUGUGCGAUGAGGACCUAGAAUAUUUGCUUUUGAAGGAUUGUUUUUUCGGAGAGAGGUUUCUCUGUGAAUUUAUCAAUCAGGAGUGUGUUCUGCAUGAAGCAAUACUUGGGAAUCAGCAAGUAAAUAAGAUCCAAGAAAGGAAAUGUUUGAAGUGGAAAGCCCCAAAAUAAACGAGCAAUUGCCUGCACUGAUAAAAAGAACUCUGUAUCAAUAGCCAAAUCUCGUGCAUUCUUGUAUGGUACUACGUUAUCUGAUCAGGGAUAGACAAAAUGAACCCUUUCUAUUUUCUGGGUUUUGGACAUUCUCAUCUAGGCAUCUUUGGGAACAGGAGUGAUCCUUUCAACAGAACAAAUGAGACUUACUGCUACAGCACUGCCCAGGGCAGCACAGUGCUCCAAGGAGUAACUUUUGGUGGAAUCCCAACUGUCCUGCUGCUUGAUGUAACCUUCUUUUUUAUUUUAAUAUUACUGUUUUCCAUUAUAAGAAAGAGAUUCUGGGACUAUGGUCGUGUUGCUCUGGUGUCAGAAGUUGAAAGUGAAUCAAGAUAUAACCGGUUGUCAACAUCAUCAUCAGUACCUGAAGAUCUUGAAUAUGAUAAGGGUUUUUGUUCUUGGAUUACAGCUGCUUUUCGGAUGCAUGAUGAUGAGAUUCACGAGAGGUGUGGGGAAGAUGCCAUCCAUUACCUCGCCUUCCAGCGGCACAUCAUCUGCUUGCUGAUUGCCAUCAGCAUUUUGUCUGUGUGUGUGAUAUUGCCUGUCAAUCUCUCAGGUGAUCUGCUUGAUAAAGAUCCCUAUAGUUUUGGAAGAACAACUAUAGUAAAUUUACAAACCAGCAAUAAUCUGCUUUGGCUGCACACAGUUUUUGCUGUUGUUUACCUGAUUCUGACUGUUGUCUUCAUGAGACAUCACAUGAAGUAUGUCACAUAUAAAGAAGAAAACAUAGUUAAGUGCACAUUGUUCAUAACUGGUCUUCCAAAAAAUGCAAGUGAAGAGAUAGUGCAAAACCAUUUCACGGAUGCCUACCCAACCUGCACUGUGCUGGAGGUCCAGCUGUGUUACGACGUAGCCAGGCUUAUUAACCUGUUCAAAAAAAGAAAACAGGCAGAAAAAAGCCUGAUUUACUAUGAACACCUGCAUCAGAAGUAUGGCAAGAGGGUCCAAAUCAACCCUAAGCCAUGUGGUCAAUUCUGCUGCUGUGAAAUGAGAGGAUGUGAAAGGGAGGAUGCUGUAGAUUAUUAUACCAAACUUAGAAAUGAACUUGAGGAAGAAUAUUCAAAAGAGGAACAAGCUGUUCAUAAUAACCCACUGGGAAUGGCCUUUGUAACAUUUCAAGAGAAAUCCAUGGCAACCUACAUCCUUAAGGACUUCAAUGCCUGCAAAUGUCAGAGCAUUAAGUGUAAAGGAGAACCCCAGCCAUCACCCUACAGCAGGGAGCUGUGUGUAUCCAGCUGGGAGGUUACAUAUGCCCCCUACCCUGAGAAUAUUUGUUGGAAAAAUCUUUCAGUGCGUGGAUUGAAAUGGUGGUUUAGAUGGGCUUGCAUUAAUUUGCUUCUUUUUAUUGUGCUGUUUUUUCUUACUACUCCUUCCAUAAUCAUCUCAACCAUGGACAAGUUCAAUGUCACUAAACCUAUUCACUACCUUAAUAAUCCUGUCAUCAGUCAGUUUUUCCCAACGCUCUUGCUCUGGUCCUUCUCAGCUUUGUUACCAACAAUUGUCUAUUACUCAACUUUGCUGGAGUCCCACUGGACAAAAUCUGCAGAGAACAGAAUAAUGAUGCAUAAAGUCUACAUAUUUUUGAUCUUCAUGGUAUUGAUUCUGCCUUCCCUUGGUCUGACCAGUCUGGAUUUUUUUUUCCGCUGGCUGUUCGACAGAGAAUCAUCUGAUUCUGCAGUUAGGCUGGAAUGUGUCUUCCUGCCUGACCAGGGAGCUUUCUUUGUGAACUAUGUGAUUGCCUCAGCCUUCGUGGGCAAUGGGAUGGAGCUGCUGCGCCUGCCGGGCCUCAUCCUCUACACCAUACGCAUGAUCAUGGCCAAGUCCACAGCAGAGAGGAAAAACAUCAAACAGCAACAGGCAUUUGAAUAUGAAUUUGGAGCAAUGUAUGCCUGGAUGCUGUGUGUGUUCACUGUCAUCAUGGCCUACAGCAUCACAUGUCCCAUCAUUGUCCCUUUUGGUUUGAUCUACAUCCUCCUGAAGCACAUGGUGGACCGUCACAACCUCUACUAUGCCUAUCUCCCUGCCAAGCUGGAGAAGAAGAUGCACUUUGCAGCUGUCAAUCAGGCCCUGGCAGCUCCCAUCCUCUGCCUUUUCUGGCUCUAUUUUUACUCAUUUGUGAGGCUGGGGUUUAAAGCACCUACAACAAUGUUUACCUUGCUGGUUGUCAACAUCACUAUUGUUAUUUCCUUGGCUUACACUUGUUUUGGCUGUUUCAAGUACCUGAGCCCACUGAAUUAUAGGAUUGAAGACACACAAGGUGAAAGAGGAAAAGACACAGAUGUACCAACAGUCCCAACAUCUUCUAUGUACGUCCCUCAGGUUCUGCGUCCCCAUCCCACCGAAAGGACGGUGCUGGCCCCCGCGGAGCAGCUGUCCUACGGCACUAUGGACAACACUUACUCCCAGGCAGAAGGAAUCAGAAGCUACUCCACAGGACCUGCAGGGGGGGAGCAGGCAUCGGGAGCUUCGCUCUGAGCUGUGUCGGGAGCACGAACACAAGGUGGAGCACUAGGCCCAGGUUUAGCAGAACUAAUUCCUUGCCUCCUCCUCCUCCUAAGUAUUCGGCGUUAUUUAUGUAUUCCUGCCUGCAGAAAAGGUACAGAAAUAAUUCAUUGUGUGGUCUGCAGCUGUGCUGGGAGAUUAAAAAGCAGAUGCCUUGGGACUGAUUGUUUUCCAGGCUGUCUACACACGUUGUGAAACAAAUAAGUUGAACGUGGAGAUGCUGAUCCUCAGGGACUUCACUUCUGCUAGCUCAUCACUUGCCUUAUGAAGAUAACUUAUGCUGCAUCUAGAUAACGGUCACCAAAGCCAAUGCAGCUAUUAGAGCUGUCAUUUAUUUAUUCAAAAUAAUUCUUCCCUUUUUAAAAACCCCCAACAUUUAUUAUUUAUAAACCUCUUGGGAUGUGUUAAAUCCUGAGACAAUGCCACUUUUGAUGAAAAUGCUGUUUGUGUGGGUGCUUAGAAUGGUGUGCGGGAGUCUCUCCUCUUUUCACCCAAAGUAGUCAGCAUAGUUUUGAUCAUGUUACUUUUUUUUUCCUUGAAAGAGAUGAGGGAAUAACUGUGCACUUGGGUACUAAAAGUACCAAAGCAAAAAGACUGGUGUAAAGAAGGGAGUGAUUUAUCUGAUACUGUUUUUAUAUAUUUUUGGAGGGCAUUUAGGUUCUUCGUUUCUGUUCACUAUUUUUAAGGGCCUUCCAUAACGAAAGCUCACCUGCCAACAAUAAAGGAUGUAAACAUUUUAUUUCUUUUAGUCUUGUGUUAAAAUGACAGAUCUCUGGGUUUUCUCUAUAGUGCCAAUUAUGAGUUGUAAGAUACUAAGUUUUUAAAUUGUGUAGUAGGUGCUAAUCUAUUCUGAAGUGCAAUGUCUCAAAGUAUAACUAAUAAUCACAGAGCAAUAAAACACUGAGUUUAGAAAAAUUUCAGGCUGUCUUGAUUUAUUUAUUCUUUUCUCUGUGUGUUGAAACAGUCCUUUUGCUGGCUGCCUCACAGCAUGGUCAUGAACUCUUCAUAACAACACUGUCACAAGCCUUAGGAUGACAGUACGUCCCAUGAGGAAUUUGAAUACUUUUGGAUUUCUCUAGGGGAUGAAUCUUGGUGACCUAUGGGUAGGAGAAGCUUUUGGCCCUCUGUUUCCUUGCUUGUUAUUAAACUGUUAUUUCCUGACUUUGACCUUUUCUAGCAUGUCUGUAAAGCAGCAACAUCUUGAGCUCGAAGGAGAUUUUGUGCCAUAAAUGUGUGCAGAUGUUCAGUGUCUUGCAGGACUGCCUCCAGCUUCCCAAGAACAGCACUCAGGCAAGUGCUGAGCAUGAGACCUGCCUGCUGCAAGAAGGAUCCUGUGGAGCUCUGAGCCCUCUGAUUACAAACCCAUCCUGUUAGCUGAAGAUGCAACUCCUGGUUCUUAAAAGGCAGGCAGCCUAAGCAAAUGGCCCAGCUGGAGUUGCUGACUGUGGUUCCCAGAAGCUCCCAUAUUUGUUGGGAUCCAGCUCCUGCUGCUUGCCUUGCAUUGCUCAGUUGGAGCAGCGCCUCCCCCACCCUGAGGCCGAGUCCUUCCCGACAUUCCAGCAGCGUUCCCGGGGGCAGGAAUCCCGGGCAAGCUGACACUCUGGACAAGCUGACACUCUCCCUCCACAGGAGGAAUCCUGGAGGAGCUGACACUCUCCCUCCCCAGGAGGAAUCCUGGACAGGCUGACACUCUCCCUCCACAGGAGGAAGCCCCAGAGCAUGGUCUGUGAUGGGAUUCUCUGUGCCACAGCUGACAGGGCGCCUCUGACACUUUGAAGAAUGGAGCUCAUUUGAUACUGUACCACAAGGUACACUUCUGCAAAGACUUCAGGGCAGAUGAAUUUCUUCCAGAGUGAGGAAAAUUCUACACGGUUUGCUGAGGCUCAGAAGCCUUGGCUUGCUUGGAUACACAGAGCUCUGUGCCAGGAUUCUGUGUGCCAGGCCCAUCUGGCUCACCUCCAGCCCUCUUACAACACAUCCUCAACACCCAAAUCACUGCAAUUUCUCAUUUGCAUGAGGUGCACACGUUUGUGCUUUGUUUUCCUCUGGGCUUUUCCCAUAUCCUGAGCCAAAAGCAGAUCUUUGUGCUGGCUAAGUUUCCAAGUGCUCCAGUGUAGCAGUAGGCCAUGUUCUUUCUGUCUUUUUACAGAAGUCCAGUUCCCAGCUCUGCUUGCCCACACAUGCUGGCAGCACAACUGAAGCUUUCUUGUGUCUGUUCUACAGAUAAUCUGGUUAGGAGUGGUUUGGAAGCCUUUUGCUUUUGGAAGCCUUCUCUUCCAGAAGAGAAGGCUUCAAGUCUGCUGCUUCUUCAUCCCAGAAGCAGCAGACCACAGUUUUUACCUGGCUUUUAGCAAAAGUGAGGUGAGAGGCAGAAGAUUGGGGGAGAAGGGAGCUUUAUCCCAAGUCUAUUGACUACAAAGAAAAGACACCCUUUAUUGUCUCAAAACUGCAACAAUAUAAGGAAAUGCACACUUUUAAUUCCAAAUUAUGGUCAGGGUCAUGUGUCUUAUCUGAAAGUGGUCUUGCAAAUUCCUUCUCUGUCACAUCCAGACAAGACUUCUUGAAGGAUUCUGCUUGUCACCUGUCUGUAACAGCUGCAAGUGCCUGUUCCAGAUAUUUCAGAAGUACAGGAGUUGUUUUUUUCUUUCUGAAGACAGCUGUCUGAAGGAUAAAAACAGAAAGGAAACAACUAAAAGUGGAGAGACUGAAGAUUGGGUCGUUAUAAUGGAACAUUCUUCCCUAUAAUUUUUUUAUUCUUGGGUGAAGUCCUGGCAUUUCUGCAUCCCACAUCCUGUUGGUUAGAAUGGAGCAUCUCAGCUGCAGCCAAUACAACUUCAAGUGGAAAUAGGUGGGGCUGUAAAUAGCCAAGAAGGAGAGAGGGAAAUUUUUGUAUGUGCUCCCAGACUCUGUGGUUAACUAAGUGCUAGUUAAUAAUUAAUGAAAGCACUCCUCUCAAAAGUGAUGUUGAAGACAGAAUUCUAGAAGUCCAAUGUAUGGUAUGUCAUAAGAUGCUCUUAAAUAAAACAGGAGCCAGA